AUGGAUCCCGCAAAAACAACAGCCUACCUAGUAGGCGGCGGUAUAGCCUCCCUAGCAGCAGCAGCCCACCUCAUCCAAGAUGCCCACGUCCCCGGCAACCAAAUCCACAUCCUAGAAUCCGGUCCCCUCCCCGGCGGAUCCAUGGAUGGCGGCGGCAAUCCAGACACAGGCUACGUGCUUCGCGGGGGCCGGAUGUUGAAUUUCAGUUAUCUAUGUACUUACGACCUGCUCUCUCGUAUUGCGUCGUUGACGGACGCGGAGAAGAGUGUGAAGGAUGAAUUGGAUGAGUUUAACGCUGUGCCGGGGAAUAAGACGGAUGCGCAUGCGAGACUUGUUGGGCGGGGGAUAGAUGGGCCGGAGAUUGUGGAUGUAUCGCAUAUGGGACUGGAUGCUAAACAACGAUUGGACUUGAUUCGUGUUGCGACGACGAGCGAGAAGCAUUUGGGGGAGAAGAGAAUUGAUGGGUGUUUUGAUGCGGAGUUUUUUAGGACGAAUUUUUGGUACAUGUGGGAUACGAUGUUUGCGUUUCAGCCAUGGCAUAGUGCUGUAGAGUUUAAACGCUAUCUGCACCGCUUCAUCCAAGAAUUUCCCCGGAUCAAUACGCUUGCCGGGGUUGAUCGUACGCCGUAUAAUCAAUAUGAUUCGAUUAUCUUGCCUAUCGAGACAUAUUUGAAAGCUCAAGGUGUUCAUUUCCAGUACGACACAAAAGUCACGUCCAUCUCGUUCUUCCCUCCAGAAUCUCACCCCCAAAUGACAGUCUCCGAAAUCCACUACUACGCCCCAACCCAUGGCGAUCACGCUCUGAUCCACAUCCAAAAAGACGACCUCGUCUUCCUCACCCUCGGGUCCAUGACCUCUUGCUCUUCGCUCGGAACCAACAGCACAUCCCCCUCCCCUCUUCCUACCCCCGCUGAAUCCCUCACCUCCCCAGACGGGACAUGGCGCCUCUGGUCCUCCCUCGCAGACCCCAAAGUGAAUCCCCACCAUUUCUCUAAAUUCGGCAACCCCUCAAACUUCUACUCCCGUGUCAGUGAAAGCAACUGGCUCUCCUUCACCGUAACGCUCAAAAACGGCGAGUUUCUCAAACGAUUGGAAGGAUGGACCGGUAACGCAGCUGGAACAGGCGCAUUAAUCACAUUCAAAGACUCCGCAUGGUUAAUGAGUAUCGUAGUCCCGCAUCAACCGCAUUUCCUCAAUCAAGCACCAGGAACGGAGGUAUUUUGGGGAUAUGGUCUUUUCCCUAAUAAAGUUGGGGAAUUUAUUGGGAAGACUAUGGCUGCUUGUACUGGGGAGGAAAUCUUCACGGAGUUGUUACAUCAUCUGGAUUUUCCUCUUGAGCCAACGCUGAGCACCUCGCUUACGGUGCCAUGUAUGAUGCCAUACAUCACUUCUCAAUUCUUGACGCGUAAGGCGGGUGAUAGACCAGACAUUAUUCCCGAGGGAAGCGCAAAUUUGGCGUUACUUGGACAGUACGUGGAGAUUCCGAGGGAUACGGUGUUUACUGUUGAGUAUAGUAUUCGAGGUGCGCAGAUUGCGGUUAGUGAGCUUAUGGGGACGGAGAUGCCGAAGGAGGUUUAUCUGGGCGAGCAUGAUUUGGUGGUUUUGCUUGAGGGGAUGAAGAUGUUGUUUACGUAG